ACUUAUUUUAUUGACAACUGCUUUCUGAAACACAAAAUUUUAUCUUUCAUGUAAGAUUUAUAAUUAAUAUAUCUGUUUAAUACAUAAUUGUAUGGCAAAAUUCAUGUGUUUUCGGAAGAUGACCUGAUUAUUUUAUUAUAAAGACCGGUCAUGACUGUAUUGUACAAGAACUAGAAAAUGAGGAACGAACGAAGCGAACCGAAGAAGAUUAAGCAUACAAAAGUAUUGUUCAAGAAGUCAGACCUAACAAUAGGACCGUCGAGCAUCUACUCUGAUGUGUCCCAGCGCGGCUUCAAGAGCGCUAUCAAUCGAAUCAGAAAUGAUUUACAUCGCCACGACUAUUACACCCACAAAGGAAAACUGAAACGAGACCUUAGUUUAGAAACCAAAAACUGUGUUCUACGGAGGAUUUGCAAACGGAAACUUGCUAGUCUAACUUCUUCAGCAAAGUCUAAAUACUCUAAUUACAAUGAAGCGGGAACAAUUGAAGAAUAUGAAGAAUCCAGCGGUAGUGGUGAUAAUAAGAAAAGCAUUGAAGAAGAUAAUUGUAAUUCUUUCAAUUCUGAUGUGACAGUCCUGAUGGAGAACCUAAGAAACCUUCUCAACGUCUGGGUCAGAAAAAAUUUGACAGAUGACAACGUCGCCAAACAUAAGUUUAAUAAUGUCCUUGAUUCUAUACUCGAUAAGCUGCAUAUAGAUGAAACUAAAGAUUCUUCGCGUACGACUUACGUUUUGGGGAAAGGCAGCACUACGUGUUCUGGCGUUUGCCAAGUUUGCAAAAAGAAGCGGAAGCCGGUGUCGUCUACAAAAUUGAAGAAACUACCCAAAAGAAAAUCUUACCAUGCUUCAAGGAAAGAUCCAUAUCAAUGUAUAUCUUCAUUGAGUGUUCCAAAGUAUUUUUGUAAGAACAAUAUUAGGACAAUUUUUCCAAAAGAUCAAAAAUCAAAAAGUUUGAAGAUAGAUAGCACGGUUACUGAAGAGCUCUCAGCUACCACAGUAAAUUGUGAUAUUUUGCCUGAAACUUACUACAUUAAACAGAGUAACUUUCGUAUGCUUAAACUUUUCCCUAAGUUAUAUAAGUGUUCAAUGGAGUCAAAACUCAAAACGGACUCCAAUAAAAUGCUCAAUAUAAAUAUGUCCCAAUUUGAUAACUUACCCAGCUUAGUUAAAAUCAUGUAUGCUAGCAACUUAGUGAAUAUUGCUAGCACUGACGCUGAUUUAAUAGAAGAUAACAAUAAAGAAGUAAAAGCAAAGACUGAUUCUAAGAACUGUGAAGUUACAAUGCACAGCAGAACAGCUUUUACUAUGAUUUCCAAACAAUGCGUCAUAGAUAAAAACGCUGGCAUACUCUCAGAUAGUGUAAAAAAAUCAGUCACGGAAAGAUCACUAGAAACAGUAGAUAACAACUUAGAAAGUGCCGCUCUUACACCUAUUACGAUUUCAAAUAAUGAAAACUUGAUACCCAGAAAACAUGACAAUAACAAUGUUAAGAGAAAACGACAUUCGAAAUCAAAAGAGUCCAGAAAGCCUAUAAAACAUAGGUCAAACACAAACAAAUAUGCAAGAAAAAGACCACGAAAAAUAUAUAGCAAGCGACUUCCACGGCUACAUGUUGCUGAUCAAAUUUUGAAUAAUCAUAGUAAAACAGAUUUUGUUGGACAUUUGAAGAAAAUCAUCAAAUGUUUUUUUGAGAACAACGGAAGCAACAACAUAAAAUUUGAUAUAAACAUUAGUCUUAGCCCAUUAAUCGACCAGGAAAUUAAAGAAAAGAACAACAAAGAGCGCGAUAAAGAUGUGAAUAAAAUAAACACUACAAAUGAAAAUAAAGUGGAAAUAAACACACCAAAUAUUGAAGGCGAAAUACAUUCUCCACCGUCUCUGUCUGUCUAUGCAAGUAAUACGUCAGAACGCUAUCCUGCAAUCAUUCCAUUACUUGAUGGAGCUGCAAGUCGAGCUAAAUAUAUAUUAGAUAGCAAAAAUUCUACCGUAGAAGAAUCAGACCUAUCAUUGAAUAACAAUAAUGAAGUAAACAAUAAUAACGUCUCUUGUAAAGAUAUCAUAGAAAUUAAGGCUAUGGUUAAAGACAUAUCAAAAAGAACUAAAAAACUAGUUUAUGAGCAUUUCAAAAGACAAAUAGAUACUCAUAAAACACAAACAGUGAUAAGUGACACAAACUUCGAAUACUGUUUACCAACUGCAUCUAAUCCAAGUCCUGCAGAAAUUGAAAUUACAAAAUCAACUUCGCCACGUAUAACCAAUAUAAAAAAGAUAUAUGUUUCAGACAAAAACAUAGAAGUAUCUAUGAUGCCAAUAGAUUUUAGUGUAGAAAAGAACAGAAAUGAGAACGUCCAUGACCACUUGUGGGCUUUAAAUGAUGAAGAACAAUUACAAACUCAUUUAAACGAAACUAAUUUAGAAGUAAAUUUAUCAGGAAUUCCAAACGACAUAAAAAAUAUUUCCACAAAAGUAUCUCCGUUGCCACACUUCCUUGAUACUGAAAAACCCUUGAAUGUUGAAACUCGUUCUAAAGGUAUCCAAGUCUCGCGAGCACUAUCCAGAACUACUGUUACAGGUUUUUCUGGUCUCAAAGUAACAAAAGAACCAAGAAAAUCAGAUUCCCCUAACAAGAAUAUUAAAAAAUCUGUCUCAUAUGAUAUUAUAGAAAGUGAGUCUCUAGUGAAGGUAACUGAUAUGACUGUUACUGAACAAACAAACGUUCAAAGUGAAAUUGAAUCGCCAACACCCACAUUAAAAACAGAAUCGCUUGCAAAUGUAGAAGUAAACAAUCAAAUACCAAAAGUAUUAACAUUUUAUUGUGAUAAAUGUUCAGGAAAAUGUGAAUUCCUUUAUGAUAACCAUAAACCUGGGGAUACAUCUUGUCAAUCAGACGGUUUAUCUAAAACGGCUUCAAAAAAUGAUGGUCCAUGUGGUGACAAUGUAAAAUUAGAAGAAAAUAAAAUUUCUUGUGAAACAGAUAUUGAAAAAUCUGAAUUAAAUGUUAUGAAGUGCAAACCAAACUGCCAAAAAAUUACUAUUUAUUGUUUAGUGGUGUUAAUUACAGUUAUUGGUGUUGCGAGUGCUGUAUACAUAUAUUUCAUAAAUGGCAAUAUUAACAUCAAAACUGGAAGCAAAUUUGAGGAAUCUUUAAUUUCUGAAAUUCCCGUGAAAAGUAAAUAUUUCCCCAUAAAACACCAAAAACAUUCAAAAACACCUGGCAUCCGAUGGUUUUCUUCUGAAUUAGGCUUUUGAUAUGUAUUGUUUUUUUGUUAUAUAACAGUCUUGAGAAAAUUAAAUUUCAUUAUAUA